GUUGCUUUUCUCCGACUGGUCUACUGUGAAUCGGGAGAGACUCUGACGAAACUCUCCAGUGAUUGGUUGAGGUGUAUAUAAAGCAAAAUCUUCGGCAAAAGCAAAAACAGAAAGGCCGCUGCCGUUGCGUAAUCCUUUCUUUUCUUCUUCUUCUCCCCGACAAGUCGUGUUGACGUCGUUCACGUGUAAAUUACCACAGCCCUCUAUAUUGGUGUUCAUUUCGUUCUGCUCCUUCCCCCCGCGUCUUGUAUUAUUUUGGCGCUUGGCCUCCAUGUGAACACAUUUUUUGUUUGUUUUUCCUGUCUCACUCUUUUUUCGCGCUUUACGUCAAUUAAUUCGCGAUCCGCUCGUCCGGCGCAUCGAGGCCAUCGUGCAACACGAGCAGCGAAGAGAGAGUGACAAGCUUUCAAAAAAAAAAAACGCGGAGGUUCAGGGAGGGGAAAGGAAAGCGCUUUGACAGCAGGCAAGCUGUCUGUUUCUUUGUUCGAGUUGUGUUUGUGUGACGAUAUCCGUUUUUCUUUCCCUCUCUCUCUUGAUUUUGUUGCGUCAUUAUUUCUGGUGGGGGGGGGGAUUUUUCGUUUUGUUUGCUUAAGAGCAAGGCUGACGUGUUCGACUGCUUCGCGUGAGUAAAAUAGAGCUGUGCUGGUCAACUCGACCUACAAGUUUCUACUCCGUCAAACGCUCCGGCGAGCAGUUGGGAAAUCGAAAGAGGAAGGUGUUUUGGGUUUCUCGGUGAUUGGCGUGACGUCGACCACUCCUGAGAAACACCUUGCGUUGUGUUUCUUGAAAGACUGAGCUUUGCUCGCUGUCGCAGAGGUAGCAUUCGCACUCACCUGCAGUAACACGGCGUUAUCAGAACGACGAGGCUUAACUCGGCGCAGGUAACCGAGUUCAUGACCACCGCCACGUAAAUGAACUAUCUUAAAAACGUAGUGUCCGACGUGAAGCUGAAGUACAGGGCAGGUCGUGUCGUGCACGACUGCAUCGCGAAGCGGGAGCAGCCAGAGUUUGCGCAGUACCUGACCGAGUGCGUGAGUAUCGCGGACAAGAACCCGGAGUUGGUGCUCUCGACCAUGCACGAGUACCUCUCCUUUCGUCAGCCAGAGAACGCGUACGGUGGACUCCUGCUGCUCGAGCAGCUCGUGUCAUUGUGCAACUAUGGCUUCCACCUCGCCCUAGCGAAGGAUCACGACAUGCAGGACCGAAUUAUUCAACUGGCUGUGAAGCGCGGCGAGGGCGAGGCGCACCGCAAGGCGCAACGGCUGGCUCGACUCACGCUGCUCGAGUACUCGCGCGUUUUCGUCGACGACCGCGAGCUGCUGCGGCUCUCCUCGUUGGCCGGCUCCUUCGAGCACCGCACCCGCAAAAGUCUUUUGCGCUGCCUCAACGUGCAGAACCGCCGAGUGCGCUUCCGCGACGUCGGCACCGAUGACGUCGUCCAGAUUAGCCCCAAGGAGAGUCUGGGCAGCACGAGUGGGGGCGCCACGCGGGCCGUGGCCCCGCUGCGACUGAGCUCCGCCCCAGAGGUGUGGCCGUGUCACGUGUGCACUUACCUGAACGCCCCCUCCGCCACCCGCUGCGCCGCCUGUGAGACGCUGCGCUCCGCCGACUCCAUCUCGCACCGCACCACUCCGCAGGGAACGCCAAAGACAACGCCCAGAAUCGCGCCGAAGCCGGCACCGAUGCCGCCGUCCCCUCCGGAACUCUCGCCGUCCUCUUCGCCCAACGAAGACGCGGAGACGCGAGAACGUGUGACGGAAGCGACGAGGGAGAGAGGGGAGGUGAACCGCAAUGGUUUUCACUCCCGCGCGCACCGUCACGGUGACGUCGAUCCUUUAAUACGACCCUCUGUGCUGUCACACGUAGGCCCUCCUAACGCUUCGGUGUUCCACGACCCCGUGCACGUGAAUAAUGAGGAAGAAGAGGAAACAUCAAGACUCGCGAAGGGUUGUAGUCGAACAUCAGAAGCACCGGCCUUCGUCUUGCAUGCACCCAAUCAUGAUACAACCAACCAUAAUGAGGAAGAAGGGCAGAAGAUGCAGACCGAAGAAGAAGGGUAUGUUUCCGGCGCCACUGCUGCGUCUCUCGCCGGAACGGCUAACAACGAUGUGACAGGAGCUGUGCCGCCGACAACUCCGCCUGUAGAGUAUGCUGAUGAGAGCUUUCCACCUCACUCCCCUCAAGCGUUUGCCUAA